GCUAAUUAAAAAUCUUUUUUUGUCGAAAUGUUAUUAGUCAUUGUUUUUGUUUUAAUUUAGAAAAACCUAACUUCAAAUUAUUUAAUUCUGUACAAAUAAAAUUGUAAAGUUUUAAGUAGGAAUGAAAGAAUUCACCAAAACUCAGAAACAGCGAUUUAUAAUCUUUUGAAAGCUGUACAGCUCUCAUUGUUUAUAACGCGGGAGUUGUAAAAUUGUGGAGGGAAUCGCUCGUGCUUGCAUUUAAACUUUAAAGCCAGUUUCUCCACUAAGUACUGAAAAAUGGCCGCUAUAAGUGAACCCCAUUUUACGUCGCCUCUAAGAUCUCAAAAUAUGCUUACUACCCAUUAUUACACCAUCACGUCGACUCCGCCGUUUGCUUCGCACGAAAGAUGUCAACUGUUCAGUCCGGAGAGAAACAACGGAUUUCCGAUGACGCCAUGUUCGCCAUCGCUUCCCUGGAGUUCUCCGGAAUCAGGGGGUGAUUUGAUUAAGAGAGGCAGACCCAAGGCUGCCACCCUAACUUCCCUGAUCAGCCAUGGAUCGACAAAUAACGACAGUUCGAUCAAAUGUCCUACAUGUGGCAGGAUCUUUCCUAGAGAAAAAUCGCUGGCUGCUCAUAUGAGAACACACACUGGUGAGCGUCCUUACAUUUGUGACUACCCAAACUGCACAAAGGCAUUUUGUCAGAGUGGCCAGUUAAAGACUCAUCAGAGGCUGCACUCUGGGGAAAAACCAUUCAUUUGCUCUGUUAAGAGUUGCAACAUAAGGUUUACCCAUGCGAAUCGACACUGCCCUGACCACCCAAAUGUGGCACUUUUAAGGGAUGAUGACAACAUGCCUCUCCCCGCUGUCGAUGAAUCUUCCACUGCUCCCAUGGUCAGAGAAUGGCUCAGCAGGUACUUUUCAACUCGCCACGAAAGAACCCCAUACAAACAUCGACAGGCGUUGCACAGUUCAAGCACCAAACGAUCUCUCUUCAGCUCCCCAGAAUCAUUACCAGAGCAGGAAAAUGCUGAUCCUCUGGAAGAUGUAGCAACACCAAAGACUAAAAACAGAAAACAACUCUUUGCCCCGUCGACACUGGCUACCAUCAGUCUUGAUGCCAACAUCAACGAUGAACAUGAUCAGGAAAUUAGGACAAGUUGUGAUGGGCCUAGAAAAAGAUUGCUAGUCGAAUCUCUCACUACAGAGAAAACAUCGAUAGAAAGCGAUGACACCAUGAAAGGAGCAUUGGCUCUGUUGCAACUUGCUAAAGUUUUCAAAUGAAAAUAAAUUCAAUGACAAUCAAUUUGACUGUCCCAUGUACAUAUAUUUUAUUUCAUUUUUUCUCUACUGAUUUUAGCUUAUUGUCAGCACGCAAACACACAACUUAUUUAAAUAUUUAAUAAAUACUUGUUCUUAGUCUUUUGACUGAAGCCCAUCAUCCAGUUUAUUAAUUUAUUUAAAAAACAAAAUCCUAUUUUUAUAAGAUAGAUUUCACUUCAUUUUAAUUUGGACUGAUGUGGCUUCAACACACUAAAUUUUCUGUAAAUUUAUUUCAUGGUGUGUUUUAUUUUGCUUGUUUCACAAUUAUUUUACUAAUUUUUUCAUCUAAAUUUCACAAGCUGUUGAACUUCAAUUUUGAAAAAUUUUAAAUAAGCUAACUAUAUGUGUAUAGUUUGACACCUAUUCUGGCUUACACUCUCUGCAUGCUAACUGUAUGUUGAAUAGCAAAGCAAAAUAAUGCUGGAAUUUAGGCUAGCAGCCAAUGGUUGUACUAUAAUUGUAUGCACCUGUAGGAAUGUCACGUAAAAAUAUGGCUUAGUUUUAUAAAAAGAAUUUUAUUUUAAAAUAAAUUAGAACCAUUGUGUAUUUAUUUUUAACUUCAAGAGUUGAUUUGUGAUUGUU